AUGCAGGCGGUUGUUGUUAGGGGUGAAGGUGGCGGACCUGAGACCCUCCAGGUACAAACGGUGCCAAGACCAAUUCCCAAACAAGAUGAGGUACUCGUCAAGGUGGACUACGCCGGAGUCAACAGGCCGGACAUUCACCAGAGGGAGGACAUGUUACCACCAGAUGAUAGAAGGAGCCACUACCUCGGACUUGAAUGUUCGGGAUCCAUCACUGAGUUUGGAGUAGGCAUGUCCAACGAAGACAAGAAAGCCUGGAAACUAGGCGACAAGGUGUGUGCUAUUACCAAUGGAGGUAGCUAUGCGGAAUACGUGGCUGUUCCCGUUGGACAUUUGCUUCCUAUUCCUUCUAGUACAAAUCUACAGGACGCUGCCACAUUUCCUCAAGCUGCUUGUACGGUGUCGUCGGAGCUUUUUAUGAAGGAAAGGUUAUCUCUUCGUAUGGUGUCUGAGGAACCGGGUUCCCGGCUAUCGUCCGGUGAAAAUCAAACACUUUUGAUUCAUGGGGGUUCAAGUGGUAUUGGAACAUUUGCUAUUCAAAUGGCUAAACAUCAGGGGGUGACUGUAUAUGUCACUGCAGGUAGUGAUGAGAAACUUAAAGUUUGUGAGAAGCUUGGAGCCGAUUUUUGCAUCAAUUAUCAUAAGGAAGAGUUUGAAAAGGAGGUACUGAAGAAAACAGCAGGCAAAGGUGUAAAUGUCAUCUUGGAUUGCCUUGGAGAUAAGUAUUUUCUGCGAAACAUAUCUUGCUUAAGUUCCGGGGGUUGGCUCGUCACAAUUGGUCCUACCUGUAACACAUCAGUACAAGAUUCUUACACCUUUCCUUCAGAGCGUCACCAGGUUGAAGCGUGUUCCCUUCGAAACAGAACUUCAGAGGAUAAAGCUGAGAUUGUGGAGGAGGUGAAGAAGCAUGUCUGGCCUGCAAUUGAGGCUGGUAAGGUGAAAGCUUAUGAAAACAAUAUCAAGCCUUAUCCCUUUAAGCAUGCAGCAGACGCUCACAAACGCAUGGAGAAUGGCAAUUUCAUCGGGAAGAUUUUGCUUUCUCCGUGA